UUCUUCCCUGUGCCUUAAAAGCAUUGCGGCGGAGGCUCUCGUUCUGUCAGUCAAGAUGGAGUUGUAUCUGGACCUUCGCUCGCAGCCCUGCCGCUCCCUGUUCAUGUUCGCCAAGGUCAACGCUAUUCCCUUUGAAUUCAAGCUGGUGGACCUGGCUAAAGGGGAGCAGUAUGGCGAAGAGUUCGGGAAGAUCAGCCCGAUAAGGAAAGUUCCUGUCAUGAAGGACGGCGACUUUGUCCUCACGGAAAGUGUGGCCAUCCUUCAGUACCUAGCUGAGAAGCAUGCGUCCUUCCUUCCUGACCACUGGUACCCGGCCGACCUGCGACAGCGGGCGCGGGUCAAUGAGUACCUGUCCUGGCAGCAGAUGAACCUGCGAGCCCAUGGGUCAAAGGUCUUCCUGCUGAAGAACAUGUACCCGCUAGUGAUGGGCCACGAGGUCCCCGAAGACAAAAUGUCGUCGGCCGUGGAGGAGCUGACCCAGGCUGUGGACGUCUUGGAGAAGCAUUUCCUGGGUGAAAGCUUGUUCCUGUGUGGCGCCUCCAUCUCGUUGGCUGACCUGGUGGCCAUGGCUGAGAUCAUGCAGCCGGUGAGCAGCGGCGUGGACGUCUUCUCGGAGCGUACCAAGCUGUCGGCGUGGCGCGAGCGCGUGAAGAAGGAGGUGGGCGUCGCGCUCUUCGACGAGGUUAACGCCGCCAUCAUGACGAGUGGCGCCGUGGCGCAGACGCUGCGCGAAGGAGGACUGCCCCAAAUCUUCAAGGACAAAUUCAAGAAAACCUUCUUGUGAAUGCCAAUAAAAACAUCAGAACAAA